CGAAAACUUAUGGUGAAGCGGUCGCUAACAAGAACAGGUGUUAUCCUGAGUGUCCUUUGCAAUCCCAUAUGCGGGAGUCCUUGGUCCGUGGGUCGGCGGGAGUGGCCCACUCCUGGCAGGACAUCCAUCUUGUCUUCUGAUCCUUUGUCUAUGUCUAGGCGAGUCCUUGGUCUAGGCGGCAGACCUCAAAGGAUCCGCAAGAUAGAGACGGAUCUCCUCAGUCAGGUGUUGAUGGAUAGCAAGAGGAAUUCAGGAUGCAAUAUUUUUCCAAACCUCUUUUAGGCAUGUAAUAAUCUAUUC